AUCAGAACAACCACUGGAGACCCAAGAGAUGACCAAGAUAAUCCAUACCCUAUGCAGAUAGAGAAAUCAACUCUGCAAUGUCUCCUAGAGACAUGCGACUUCCCGCCCUACCUACCUGAAGUCUGGAAAAGCGACCAAUUCCACAUGUCCCGCUACUUGCAAUGUGACGAUAGUGGCACCCCUGAAGCCCUAUCAAUCGUUCUACGCGCCCCUCGAAAUAGCAAAAUCAUAAACCUCGCACUGCGAGUUCGCAUCUCCGACCUCUCCGCCGCCGCCCUCCUCGCCACCGCCAAAGAAGAGACUAAUUUUAGUAUCCUCACCCGUUGGCACCGCCUCUCCGCUGCGCACCGCGCCCAUCCCGCCGCCCUGCUGCAGCUUGUUUUCGAGCAGCGUGUCGACUCGUACUUGCAAUGGCUCAACCAUCUGCGCCGUGAAGUCAUGGAGCUGGAAACAGCCACAGGCAUGACAAGGCCUGGCUGGGGCCGGCCGCUGAGCGAGGCGCAGAAGACCUUUUUUGCGGACUGGCAUAAUCUGCUCCGGCAGCAGCAUGCGGUAAGUGUGGAGCUGUGUCAUUGUGAGACGGUGAUGAGAUAUAUGAUCAAACUGGGGGAGUUUUGCAGUGCGACACUCUGUCAAAUGGAGAAACUGCGUAGUGAGAUUGGGGGUGUGGGUACGGAGAAGGCGAGCUAUGCAGCGGUCAAAGGAAGGAUAGAGUUCUAUAAGGCGAAAAUCGAAUUUGCUAGGGACAAAUUGGAUGAGAUGAUGAAGCGGAUCCAGGCACAAAUACAAGUUUCAUUCAGUCUUGUUGCUCAGAAGGAUAGCGAAAGGAAUCUGCUAGUAGCGUUGAACUCUGCAAAGGUAGCACAGCUGGCGGCUCGGGAUAGUGAGACAAUGAAAUCAAUCACUGUCAUCACACUCAUCUUUCUUCCCGCAUCCCUAGUUACUUCGAUCUGGCAAGCUAACGUUUUCAACAUCCAAGGAGAUGCAAACUGGCGUGUAUAUACGGGGACAUGUGUGGGCAUAACGGGGAUAGUACUUUUCAUUUGGAACGCAUAUCGCUACAUGAGGGCCAAGGUUCGAGCGAGAAGCGAGGCAUUCGAUGAUUCAGACAUUUUUUCAAAGGGGAUGAACAAGGAUCGAAACAGCAUUCCGACGAGAGAUCUAGAACAUUUGUUCAAACCCUGAUCAGCUUGCUUAAAUAGUAUAGUUUACAUACAUUUACCUGGUAUCUAAGAUCCUAUCAAGUGUAUCCAACCAAGGUUUUACCUUCAGAUACAUAAUGAGACUAUCGACAUAUAUGCAGAUCUAUAUGAUUUAGCAGGAGUGACGAGUGAUAUUACUAAAUGAAUAGACUUAUUAAUAUAGUAUUC